AUGUCGAAGAAAACCGUCCCUAUGUCCGAAGCAGCGAUAACGCAGCCUCUACUGGGUAAAGUCCUCGUCAUUGGCGGCUGCGGCUUUCUCGGCCACCACGUUGUGAACCUACUCCUACGCGACUGGAAUUGCACCGUCGCUGUUGUCGAUCUCAAGUGCCAGCGAAAUCGGAGACCUGAUUCGGAUGGUAUCGAAUACGUCGAAGCCGAUAUUACCGAUGCUGACGGCCUUGUCAAGGUUUUUGGGAAGCUGAAGCCAGAUGUUGUCAUCCACACGGCCUCGCCACCUGCGCAGGGACUUGGUGCUGUCGCGAACGAUAUAUUCAGAAAAGUCAAUGUGGAAGGAACCCGCGCUGUGAUCGCCGCCUGCGAACAAAACGGUGUCAAGGCGUUGGUGUACACGAGUUCUGCGAGUGUUAUGAGCAACAACAAGGAUGACCUAAUAAAUGCGAAUGAAAACUACCCAGUCAUCAGAGGUAAAAUGCAAACAGAAUACUACUCUGAGACGAAGGCACACGCAGAAAAACUCGUCCUCGACGCGAAUCGUACCGAAGGAAGCGAUCUCCUCACAGCCGCGAUCCGACCAUCUGGCAUCUUCGGUGAGGGUGACAUGCAACUCGUCCACCACGCCAUCAAUGUCUACCGCGAAGGCAAGGACAAGGUCCAAGUCGGUCUCAACCAAAACCUCUUCGAUUUCACAUACGUCGAGAACGUAGCGCAUGCCCAUCUCCUCGCCGCCCGCGCCCUCCUCGUAACACACGCGUCGAAGACCGCUCCCCUAGAUCACGAAAAAGUUGACGGUGAAGCUUUCAUCGUCACCAAUGGCAGCCCUGUCUACUUCUGGGAUCUGAUGCGAGCUAUAUGGCGAGCAGCCGGUUCAGAGAAGGGCACCGACCAAGCCUGGGUGAUGAGCCGUGACUUCGGUCUACUCCUAGGUUUCUUGAGCGAAGUGUUCUUCUCCAUCCUAGGCAAGGCCCCGACCUUCAACCGCCAGCGUAUCGUGUUCAGCACCAUGACGCGAUACUACGAUAUCUCGAAGGCGAAGCGGCGUCUCGGCUACGUGCCUCUAAUAAGCCUGAGUGAUGGCGUCAAGAGGACCGUCAAGUGGACCUUAGACCAAGAGAAGAAAUAG